GCCUCCGUGCGCAGCCUGAGGGGUGCGGGCGCGGGGCGGGGCCUGCAGGAGAAGGGCGGCCGCACCGCCCUGCACCUGGCCUGCCGCGAGGGCCGGCGCGACUGCGCCCGACACCUCCUCGCCCCGCCCGGCGCCCGCCUCUACCUGGACUGCGCCAACUAUGACGGUUUCACGCCCCUGCACGUGGCCGUGCUGCAGAAGGACGUGGAGAUGGUGAAGCUGCUUCUGGGCGCCGGCGCCGACCUCGAUAAGGCGGAGCCGAGCUGUGGGCGCAGCCCCCUGCACCUGGCGGUGGAAGCGCAGUGCCCCGAGGUGGUGGAGUGCCUCCUGCGCGGCGGCGCGGACCCCGGCGCCCGCAUGUACGUGGGCUACACCCCCCUGUACAGCGCCUUGCACCGGCCCGACCGCAGGAUCCCGCAGCUGCUGCGGGACUUCGGCUCCCAGGAGCCCGACUGGGACUCGGAGCCGGAGAGUCCCGACGACGCCAGCGACGAUGAAUAUGACGACAUCAUCAUCAACAGCGGAUAUUAUAAGAACUGAUGGAGGGGUGAUCUCCCCUGCCCCCCUCUCCUCUUCUCUGCGGGCGGAUUUGGGACAGCCUCGUUGCCCGGCCCGGCCCGGCCUCUGCUAUUGCCAGUGGCCCCCCGGAGCCCCCAACGUGUCCCCUGCCCGCUCUGGGGCCCCUUCAUCUCCUGCUGGCCUGAGACCAGUUUGUUGUGCUGCGGGCAGGGCAGGCUUGGCCCCUACCUCGCCAGCACCCGCCUGCCCUAGGGUAGAGGAGCCC